AUGGGCAAAAUGCUGUCUUCCUGCGUGUCUUGCUGGGCGUCAAGCCUGCGAUUGUGCAGGUGUGGUUGUACCAAAUCGCGACGUCCUAAUGACAGGCUGAAGCAUUCCCAGACUCCUCAGAGCCAAGUAGCAAGCCGGCGCAUCUGCCAACUGGUGGGACGACGCAAACUGCUGGCUGCUGGCUGUUGUCUCUUGUCUGUAGGCAGCAGACGAGUUAGAGAGAGAGAGGGUGAAGGUGAGGGUGAGGGAGGUUGUGAUCGCGACUGUCCAUCGCGUCUGCGUCGUCGUGUCCGGGACCGGCCGGUUCAAGCGGGACACCCUUUGGCCGUCGUUGAGACGUCCGUUUCACUCGCAUUGUUGCCCUGCCUCCAUUGUCCCUCGAGUCUGUCGCUUCCUGUGUUCGUCACUUUGGCUCAGCUCAACCGUCGUGCCCACGUCGGUCCAGCGUCGUCGUCGUCGUCAUCGUCGUGGUCGUCGUCGUCGCCGCCAACUGGCCUCGAUGGGCAAUUUGGCCAAACGACAAGAGACAGCGCAAAAAAAGCAACCAGUCAGCACACUUUCCCACCUAAUCCCAAUGAGGAGGAGGAGGACAACAUAAUGCCUGAGCAUGCCCAUUGGGUGAUUGGACGUGGAGACGCGCGCAGCCCAGACUGGGUCGGGACUCCGGCUCAGAAAAGGCGGCAUUUGGGUCGGAAAGUGGUGCGUGUUCACUCACCGACCGGCCGGACAGCGAGUGCCCGACCGAGCCGGAGACACGAGUUCGAGGCCGCUCGGAGAACGCUUCUACCCUCCGCCGGUCUGCUGGCUGCGACAGCGACUGGCCAUCACAUGCGCCUGAAUCGAUUCCCGUCUGACACGAUCACGUUGCGUCAUACUGAAUCUUGUUGCGUCGCCUUAAUUCUCGUUUGUCCUCCUUGGGUCACUUUGCGUCGUACUGAAUCUUAUUGGGUCUCGUUGCGUCGUGCUGAAUCUUGUUGCGUUGCGUUAAUUCUCGUUAUUCCUCCUUGCGUCACGUUGCUUCGUACUGAAUCUUAUUGGUUCUCGUUGCGUCGUGCUGAAUCUUGUUGUGUCGCGUUAAUUCUCGUUUGUCCUCCUAGAGUCAAUUGCGUCUCGUUGCGUUGCGUCGUACUGAAUCUUAUUGCGUCUCAUUGCGUCGUGCUGGAUCUUGUUGCGUCGGGUUGA